GAUGGCGCCUUCUGUAGGCCUAUUGAUGCUCUUCCAGUUCCUUUCCGGGGUGGGUGUGGGUGGUACCAUCCCAUUGGUGUUCACUUUCUUCUCCGAGUGUUUGCCGGUUGCUAAGCGUGGGCAGUAUGUCGUCAUCUUGGCCUCCUUCUGGAUGGUGGGGUCCAUAUUUGUCGCUGCCCUGGCUUGGUAUAUUAUUCCGAGCGAGCGAGUCUACUUCACAAUUAACGGCAUGGAGUACACGAGUUGGCGCAUGUUUCUGCUACUGACCGGAGGACCGGCGUUCUUCUCAGCCAUGGGCCUGGGAUUCUUCUACGACUCGCCGUUGUUCUACUACAACUCAGGCCGCUACAACGAAGCAUGGGACAUAUUGAGUGUCGUCCAUGAGAUCAACUGUGGAGAGACCCUUCCGCGCGAACUAUACGCCACCUUUGGGCAUGACCCCAUCACACAAAACACUACAGACGACACAGUUAACACUUCAGAACUUGCGCCCCUGGUAGACGUUCCCUUGCGGCGCACCUCCUUUAGUACACGACCCUACUCAGACCCACCCCCUCCCAGCGACAACGACAACCACCCCCCACCCCCACCCGAGAACACAGACCCGCUGCACCUCUAUCGCAAGCUGCUGCGCCAGCCUCUGCGACGCACCACACUCAAUAUGAGCCUGCUGUGGAUCACGCUGUCCUACGGCUACUACGGACUAACCUCCUGGUUUCCCGCGUACUUCAAGAUCCGCUUUGGGACGCUGGAGAGCAGCAUGAGCAUCUACGAGAGCACGUUUCUCAUCGCUAUAGCUCAGUUGCCUGCGAAUGUGCUGUCGGCGUACACAGUGGACUACAUAGGCCGAGGCCCUACACUUGCUGUGUCCAUGGGAUUGAGUGGGGUUGCUGCGGUGUUCAUUCCCUUUGUGCGUACCUCUGAGUCUAUAGUGCUGAUGUCGGCCAUCUUCACGGGCGUGAGUGUGGCCGGGUGGAACUCGCUGGAUAUUAUAUCAUCAGAGCAGUUUCCAGCCGAUGUGCGGAGUACAGGUUUCGGGUUACUCACAGUACUGGGCAGGAUAGCGUCUAUCGUCGCCACAACGACAUUCGGGAAACUCGUACAUAGCAACCCAGCAUAUCCGAUCUUGCUGACGGCGCUGUUUCUGUUCAUCGGAUGCGUCACCGCUUUGCGGAUACCGGAGGUUAAGAGAGAUAAAGCUAGGUGAUGUGUCCGGGGCCGGAAGCUGCACCUGGAACAAACGAAUUUUCCAUACCUAUCCCCAUCAAAGCUCAUGUUUUCAGUAUCGAUGAAGACUUUAGCUAACCAAGUACGUACGAACGAACCGGGGUAUGCAACAUCCAGUGUAACAAGGCGCCUUCCAAUAGGUUGUUUCUCUUACUUUUGGGUAUUCCCUACAGUUGUUUGGAGAAAUGCAACGUCCAUAGACGACCGGCCGGAAGUCUCCCGGUCCUGUCCAUUAGAAAAUAGUUUGGGACCAUAGUGAAGUGGUCUACUAAACCCUACUUUUCGUUGGAUGUGCCCGGUUUGGUUAGCGCCGGGGCUGCUUCAAUGCGGGGGUCUGGCAACACACCCAAAGCCUAAAGGGAGCUACGAAUGCGCAGUAACGUUUUUGGUACUGCACAUGGAUACCUUACACUCGUAUUGCAAGCCCUGUAAGAUUUACACAUACACAGUCAAGGGUAGUCAUGCACACAAGUCAUGAACGUGAAGUAUCAGUUUUGUUCAAACAUUGUGCAAGUUCAACUAUCAUAUGCUCUGAAUAAGAAAAUGCAAUUUCGUUCAAGGUAGAUUCAGAGGCGGUCCCACAUACUACACUAAUUCUCCGAGGAUGAUACAGUCGAGCACUCUUAUUUUACGGGAGAGUAGAUCGUAUUGUGAUCUGGUGACCGAUUUUAAACCAGAGUAGAAUAGUUGCAAAGAAUAAACUAAUACAGACCACA